AUAUUGUGUCUGUACAGCGGCGCGUGCAGGUGUGUUAGAGACUGACCGGCGCCUGCGCACAUUCUUUCAACGGUCACCAGAGUCUUGACUCUGUCGAAGUACUCGAUGACGUGAUUCGUUAAAUAGUCCCCGACCACCAAAACCCUGGGAUGGAGAAAGAGAUGCCACAACAAAUGAUCCUAAGCAUAUAGCGCAACAAUUUGAAUUCGUUACUUUUGCUUUGAAUGGUAGUGAAGACUGCCUCUACCUUAAUGUCAGUACACCAAAAUUACCAGAAAAUGAAACUUUUGAUCAUCUACCAGUUAUUGUGUAUAUACAUGGCGGUGGUUUCAUAGGCGGCAACGGGAUCACUAAAGAGUUCAAUAUACCAGAUCAGUUAAUUGAUCAUGAUGUGGUUCUUGUUACUAUUAAUUACAGACUGAACGUAUUCGGUUUCUUAUCACUAGAUCUUCCUGAAGCAGCCGGUAAUAUGGGUUUAAAAGAUCAAGUUUUUGCACUAAAAUGGGUUCGAGAUAACAUCAGAGUAUUUGGAGGAGACCCAAAUAAUGUAACCAUUUAUGGACUUAGUGCUGGUGCGGCAUCUGUUGAAUAUCUUCUGCUAUCUGAAACUUGCAAAGGUCUCUUCUCUAAAGCCAUAUUGCAAUCAGGAUCCGCUAUUAACCAUUGGGCUAGUCAGUAUAAUAUUCUUGACCUUAGUGUAAAAUUAGCUCAAAAUCUUGGCUUUAAAGGCAAUGAAACUGAUACAAAGGCGAUACUUGCGUUUUUAAUGGAGCAACCGUCUGAAAAUCUUAGUAUAAAAGCAAAAGAAACUGUUGCUGCAUCGGCAGUAGAUGGACUAAAUUUUGGCUUUGUACCAUCAAUCGAGAAAGAUUUUGAUAACGGUGAAGCUUUCCUUACCACAUAUCCUUAUAACUUAUUGGACAGCGGAAACUUUAUCCGAGUUCCAACUAUCAGAGGAUUUUGUGAAAUGGAAGGUCUUUUAAACGAAAUGUUUAAUCCUAAUGUUGUUAAAAAAUUGAAGGAACAUAAAAUAUUUACUGAUAUCUGGAAGUAUCCCAUAAACUCUAAUGAUCGAGAACAUUACAAUAAGAAGUUAUAUGAAGAAUAUCUUCAGGGAAAAAAUAAUGAUACUGAAAUAGAAAAUGGUAUUUUUGAGUUUUUAGGUCACCACGAUUUUACUGCUGGUAUUAUAUUAGCCACUCGAAAGGCGAUUCUUUACGACGCCAUACCUUCUUACUUGUAUAUGUUUGCGUUUGAAACUCCGAACAAUUUUGUUAGAAAACUUUUUAAAAUGAGUAGAAAAGGAGUUUGCCACGGGUCUGACGCAGGCUAUACGCUAGGAAUAGAUACAACAAAAAUUUAUGGCAAGAUAACUCCCACCACGUCUGAUGUGUUGAUAAGUAAAAGAAUGUGCAAGAUGUGGACGGAUUUUGCCAAAACAGGGAAUCCGACUCCGUCUACUGAUGAUCUUAUACCUAUUGUGUGGCCAGCUUACAACGAUAAAGAACAAUCAUAUUUGGUGAUAGAUGAACAAAUGAGAAUUCAACACAGAUAUGAACCUUCAAAAAUAGCUAUAUUUGAAGAAAUUUAUAACAAAUAUAGAAAAUAAAUUAAAGAACCAAAUCAACAAAUAAAGAAGUGGAGUUCUCAAUUCGAAAUAAAAUUACAAGAACAUUCAGCGCUAUUUACAUCACAUCAUUGGAAACAUAUAACUUUUUAUACGACUUUU